AUGCUUACGUGGAUUUCGGACAAGUUCUCACGACGUCUUACCGAGCCGCUUCAUGAGCCGCGCGCUGCUCUGUUCGUAAAUCGAUUCACCCGCACUGCGACCAUUAUGUACGCUACCAACGGUGUGUCGGAGAUCCUCGGCAUGAGCCCAGACCAGCUUGUUUCCCGAAGCUUCUUCUAUUGUAUCCAGGAGGCCUGUCUCCGGGAUGCAGUGCGCUGUCUUGAAGGCGCAAAAAGUAACGACUCGAUUGCAUAUUUGCGAUUUUGGUUCCGCAACCCAUUACAGGACGAUGAUGUAGAUAUUGAUGGGAACCCUACAUACGGCAUCACCCCCUCUGUGGACCCAAGGAUUCCGAUUGAGUUGGAAGCUGUUGUUUCUUGUACAUCCGAUGGUCUGGUUGUUAUUCUCCGACGAGCUCGAGCUCCAAUCCCGGCGGCUGCUGUUCCACCCCGACCCGUACCGGUCUACGCCAAUGGCCUGUUCGCUGCGCCGUGGGCUUUGGAACCUGUCUUCUCCUACGGUGCGGCCUCUUAUCCUCAUGAUAACGCGAUCCGCCAGUCGGUAUACCCCGAAGGAAAGAGAAGCUUUUGUAGAGACGACAGUAACUCCUCGGCUUCUGCUUCUACCUCUGCUUCUGCUUCCUCGGGAUACGGCUCCUUCUCACAGUCCAGCGGUUACGAGUUCAAAUAUCCUCCUUUCCCAGAAGAACCCAACACGAGCGGACCAAAAGGACCCAAUGCAUCCAAUCUCAUGGAUACUAUUCGCGACGUGGCUGUGUUUGCAUGGGGUAUUGUCGGAAUCAAUCGAUCAUUGGAGCGGUACAAAACCGGAACCCCUACAGGCGAUGCGCACCCCGUCGACAUGGAUACGCCGAUGGGUAACACAUGGGGCAGUGAAACUGCGGCAGGCCGUAGUUGGCAGUAA